CAGAAACAAGACAUAACUUUCCAAUGAAGAUCAAGCUAAAGAAGCUAUGGGUCUCUUUAAUUGUGGUUUCUAUGAUCACGACCUCGGCUUUGGGAGACUUUGGAGGACAAUUAGUAAAGAGAUUCUACAAAGAGAGUUGCCCAUUAGCUGAAGAAAUCGUGAAGCAUAAUGUGGAGGUUGCUAUUCUUAGAGAUCCUCGUAUGGCGGCUUCUCUUCUUCGUCUUCAGUUCCACGACUGCUUCGUCUUGGGUUGUGAUGCGUCUGUGCUCUUGGAUACACAUGGAGAUAUGUUAAGUGAGAAACAAGCAACUCCAAACGUUAACUCACUGCGUGGGUUUGAAGUAAUCGAUUACAUAAAGUAUCUCCUUGAAGAAGCUUGUCCUUUAACAGUCUCUUGUUCCGAUAUCAUCACCAUAGCCGCUCGUGACUCUGUCUUCUUGAGAGGUGGACCAUGGUGGGAAGUUUUGCUAGGGAGAAGAGACUCAUUGAAGGCAAGCUUCUCCGGCGCAAACCAAUACAUUCCGGCACCAAACUCUUCCCUCGACAGUCUCAUCGUAAACUUCAAGCAACAAGGCCUCGACAUUCAAGAUCUCAUCGCUCUUUCGGGCGCUCAUACAAUAGGUAAAGCGAGAUGCUUGAGCUUCAAGCAACGCAUUGCUCAACCAAACAUGGAACAAACGUUCUACGUCGACGAGUUCAAGAGACACAGCACAUUCCGACGAAUCCUACGGUCACAGUGCAAAGACUCUAGCCGCAAUAACGAACUGUCACCGUUGGAUUUACAGACACCAGCUUACUUUGAUAACCAUUAUUACAUUAAUCUUUUAAAGGGAAGAGGGCUGUUGAUUUCUGAUAACGUUUUGGUCAGUGAAGAUCAUGAAGGAGAGAUCUUCAAGAAGGUUUGGGAGUAUGCGGUGGAUCAAGAUCUCUUCUUCCAAGAUUUUGUGGAAUCAAUGUUGAAAAUGGGUAAUAUUAAUGUGCUUACAGGUAUUGAAGGUGAAAUUAGAGAAAAUUGUAGAUUCGUCAAUGUCUGAAUCUAAAGAGUGAAAACAUUAAACUUGAUUUGGGAUAGUCAAGCACAUGUUCAGAGGAUUUUUCUGCCACAACACAACUUGUGUUAUUGCAAUUUCGCUCAAGUAUGAAAUGUUCUGUCAGAUUUUUUUAUUGAAG